AUGAGCUUUGAUAUAUUGAAUGGGGUUGACCUACCCUCGUUCUUACUUGGUUUUGUCAGUUGCAUAUUUCUUUAUUUCAUAAGUCCAGGGUUUGUGCUGAUCCUUGGAGGCUUGGUCAGUUUCUUCAAAGUGCUCUUUCUGAUCCUGAUUGCUGCCUUUGCCGCCUUUUUAGUGGUGUAUACCAAAGGUCAAGAUGAUAGAAAAGUCCAUGGUUUGUCCCAGGAAUCCACACCAACUCCAAUUCAAGCAAGUAAGAGUGGUGAUGGUGGUGUGAAAUACUUCAAUAUUCCGAUUACCAAGGAAAAGAAAGCAGCAAACGUGCAAAGAACACCUUUCCCAGACAGCGAGAGCGCUGGUAUGAGUUUCCAAGAGAGUGAUGUGUAUGAGGAGAAGAUACAUACAAAGACUAGAAGACGGAGGUCCGUAUAUUCGGUGGAUACUGUAACGGAGAGGGGAGCUUGUAAGAAAGCUGUAGAGGGUGUCAUCCCAAAUAAAACAAUACGAUACGAUAAUUUUGUUAGAAUGGCAGGAAAGAAACGCCCAGACCGUUGA